AUGUUCCGCUUUCACAAGACACUCGACAUCGUCACCCUCUUCCACAAGGCGAGCUCGCCCGCCUCCGUGAGGGUUGCCAACAUCCUCAAGCAGGUGUCCGCCAACGCUACCGCUGGUGCGACCGAGGAUCAGGCCAGCGAUCAUAGCGUGCAGACCAACCCUAAGAAGGCCCGCGCCGAAUUCGAGCUCAACAUCACCGAGGACAGCCCCACCGCCGACCAGGUCAAGACCAUCUUGGAGUACGUCGGAAAGAGCAAGAUCCCUUCCAUUAUCAAGGGCGCCUCCACCGAGCAGGAAGCUCUAAGGAAAUUCCAGCAGAGCACGGACAACUUCCAGAGACCUGUGGUUGUGGAUUGGAACAAUGGAAAGGCAGUAGCUGGGGACAACGAGUCUGAAAUUCUUAAGAUGCUCAACGAUCUGAACAAGAACUGA